CAACCUCCCUACUGUCAAACCUUGACAUCCGCAACCCAUCCUACCCAACCGUCCUCCGAUCCUACAUCCGCAACCGCCGCUUCAACACCUCCUCCAUCCCCAAACCCCUUCUCAUCGUCACUACUAUUUAGGCUUGUUCCGGUGCCGGAAACUGUGACGGUUUUUCGGGUUGUGAAAGGAUUUGAUCAGAACGCAACAGAGCUUUGUUCAUUGAUGGCAAUUCGUUGCAGAUAAGAUCGAUAAUGGGUUGUUUAUGAGGCUUCUGAUUCUGCCAAUUAGUAGUAGAACACAAAAGGGUGUGAACGAUUCGAGCAACAUUCAUUUCAUUGUAUCUGGGUAAUUCAAAUCAACUCAUGACAGUGAUGAACGGAGACCUUCCUGAUGGAAAUGAGUUGGAUUCAAUCUGUGCUUUACUGGGCAAAUUUCAACCCAAACCAAUCCCCAAACGUCCUGCUCGAUCGAACCUAUGCUGCUAAUUUUCAGAAGAGAAAAUCAGAUUAUGUCCAAACUCCGAUUUCAAAAACUGGGUUGGAAUCGAUUUGGAAAAAGAAGAUCGAAUUGGGAAAAACUGGAUUCGUCUUCAACCCAUAUGGAGGGAGAAUGAGUGAAAUUCCAGCGGCGGCAACACCUUCCCCCACCAUAAAAUACAAGUAUUACUCCUACCGCAUUGAAUAAUUACUCCAAAAGUAAACCCCGCUCCAAACCAUAGAAUCUUUAUAUACAUGGUUUGCACAUAACCAACAAUAGUUCUCUCAAAUCUUUCCCAUACCCAAAACAAAACAAAACAAAACAAAAUAAAACAAAAACAAAAACAAAAAAAGCAAACAAUGGAAGAAACUUCACCAUCACAUUUUUUUCUUCUUCUUCUUCUACUUCCUCUAUCAAUGGCAGCCUCAGACUAUGACACUUUUGUUCAAUGUCUCUCAAACCACUCAAUCCCACAAAACCAAAUCUCCACCAUAGUCUAUGCUCCAAACAACCCAUCAUUCACCACCAUCCUCCAAUCCUAUAUUCGAAACCUCCGCUUCGCCACCGCCGCCACCCCAAAACCACUCAUCAUCAUCACCCCCCUCUACGAAACCCACGUUCAGGCCGCCGUUCUCUGCUCCAAACUCACCGGAAAACAGCUCAAAAUCCGCAGCGGUGGCCACGACUACGACGGCCUCUCCUACGUCUCCGCCGCCGGCGUCCCCUUCAUCAUCCUCGACACGUUCAACCUGCGUUCCAUCUCUCUCGACACCACCACCAACACCGCCUGGGUCCAAUCCGGAGCCACCCUCGGCGAACUCUACUUCAAAAUCGCAUCCAUCAGCAAAACCCACGGUUUCCCCGCAGGAGCUUGCUCCACCAUCGCCGUCGGCGGCCACCUCGGCUGCGGCGGCUACGGCAACAUGUUGCGAAAGUACGGGUUAUCGGUCGAUAACGUGCUCGAUGCUCGAAUUGUAGAUGUUAAUGGCCGGGUUUUGGAUCGGAAAGCAAUGGGUGAGGACUUGUUUUGGGCGGUGGCUGGUGGCGGCGCCGCCAGCUUUGCGGUGGUGCUGUCGUAUAAGAUUAGGCUUGUUCUGGUGCCCGAAACUGUAACGGUUUUUCGGGUUGAGAAGACAUUGGAACAGAAUGCGACAGACAUUGUAUAUCGAUGGCAAUUCGUGGCGAACAAGACUGAUAAUGAUUUAUUUGUUAGGCUUCUUAUACAACCAAUUGUUAACAAACAAACCGGUAAGAAAACAAUUAGAACAUCGUUCAUUUCAUUGUUUCUUGGUGAUUCAAAUAGACUCAUGACAGUGAUGAACAGAGACUUUCCUGAAUUGGGUUUGCAAAAACAGGAUUGUAUGGAAAUGAGUUGGAUUCAAUCUGUGCUUUACUGGGCAAAUUUCGACCCAAACAACUCCACAAAUGUGUUGCUAGAUAGAACCUAUGCCGCUAAAUUUUCGAAAAGAAAAUCAGAUUAUCUCCAAACUCCGAUUUCUAAAGUCGGGUUGGAAUCGAUUUGGAACAAGAUGAUGGAAUUGGGAAAACCUGGAUUUGUGUUCAAUCCAUAUGGAGGGAGAAUGGGUGAAAUCCCGGCGGCCGCGACACCGUUCCCUCACCGGGCCGGGAACAUAUUCAAAAUCCAGUACUCAUUGAAUUGGGAUGAGGAAGGAGUUGCAGCAGAGAACAACAAUUUGAAUCAAGUUAGAGAGCUAUACAGUUUCAUGACUCCAUUUGUGUCAAAGUUCCCUAGAGAGUCAUUUCUGUGCUACAGAGAUGUUGAUAUUGGAAUCACACACAAUGGGAAGAAUAGUUACAGUGAAGGUAAGGUGUUUGGGGAGAAGUAUUUUAAGGGUAAUCUUGAUAGGUUGGUGAAAGUGAAGACCAUGGUUGAUCCACAAAAUUUCUUCAGAAAUGAACAGAGCAUCCCUCCAUUUCCAGCAGUAGGAUCUUCAGAAGAAAGUAGAUAUGGAGAUAAGAUCUUGGCGUCUUACAGUUUUAGUUUCUUGUUAAUUGCUUUGGUUAUACUAUUUUAAGUUUUGUUCAUUGUUGUGUUAUUGUUUUUUAUUUUUUAUUUUUCUGAUAAUCAAGUGAGAGAGCACUUUAGCCGCAACUCGACUAAUCCAGAUACUUGAAGUUAAUAAUCUUAAAAUUUGAGAUGUUUGAUAUUCGUGAAAUUCAAUCAUAUGAUUUCUUUUAGAUAGUAAA